AUGGUGCCGCAAGCCCUGGACGAAAGCGUGACGCCGGUGCUGGGACCGCUGGUCCAGGAGAAGGCCAACGCAGAGGUGCUGGAAACCAACCUGUACAACUCGGACAGCACGACCAACGCCGCGUCCAACGCGGCGUCCAACGGUGGCUCGUCGCAGAGCGCGCUCAACGACCGCAGCGACACUCGUGUUCCGGACAUCGAUGCCGGGGACAUUAGGGCGUACAACGACCUCCACGGGCUCAAGGGCGGUAUAGUCGGCGGCAGUGAGGUGGCCGGGCUAGUGAGCGAGACCGAGUCCGAGCCUGGGCUCGUGGAAGUUAUUUCCGUCGGCGAUGACGAGGCGUCGUCCUCGUCCAGCCUCGAUGAGGAUCCUGAGGGCGACUUUGUGGAGCAGCUGGAGCUGCAGGACUACAAGCUGAUCAGCAAGAUCGGCGAAGGCGCCUUUUCCAAGGUGUACCGCGGCGUGCCGCGCGCGGAGUCGUCCAAGUCGUUUUUGUUCAAGACCUUCAAGCAUGUGGCGAUCAAGGUCAUCAACAAGAAGCAUCUGACGUCCUCGCAGAAGGAUUCCAAAAGCAAGGCCACUUCGCGCGAGCAGGUGCUAAAGGAGGUUGCUAUCCACAGAACUGUGUCUGCCAGCGAGAACGUGGUGUCCUUUGUGGACUUCCACGAGAGCCCCAGCUACUACUUUAUCGUGCAGGAGCUGCUGGCCGGCGGCGAGAUCUUCGGCGAGAUUGUGAGGCUGACGUACUUCAGUGAGGACCUGUCGCGCCACGUCAUCAGACAACUGGCGCUCGCGGUCAAGCACAUGCACUCGCUGGGUAUAAUACAUCGUGACAUCAAGCCCGAAAACCUGCUAUUCGAGCCGGUCGACUACGAGCCCUCUCCUAAGCCCGUACUGCGGAAGUCGGACGACCCCAAAACCAAGCAGGACGAAGGUGUCUUCAAGCCCAGCGUGGGCGGAGGAGGCAUCGGUAUCGUGAAGCUGGCCGACUUCGGCCUUUCGAAACAAAUCUACUCUACGAACACAAAAACUCCCUGCGGGACAGUUGGAUACACCGCACCAGAAGUGGUCAAAGAUGAGCGCUACUCUCUACAGGUGGAUAUGUGGGGCAUCGGUUGCGUCCUGUACACCAUCCUAUGUGGCUUCCCACCCUUUUAUGACGAGAAAAUCGACGUUCUAACCGAGAAGAUCUCAAGAGGCGAAUAUACAUUCUUGAGGCCUUGGUGGGACGAGAUAAGCGACGGCGCAAAACACGCGGUACGGAAACUUUUGGAAGUGGACCCAAGUAAGCGUUACAACAUCGACGAAUUCUUGGCCGAUCCAUGGCUGAACUCAUACGACUGCCUCCGCGGGCAGGCGCUCAAGAAGCACAAAAACGAGUCGAUGGAAAACGUGCACUCGCUGGCAUCGAAAAAGAAGAAGCGCUACGCCAAACACAACUUCAAGCGCGAUUCUUCUCUGCUAUACUCACCAGCUGCCGUUGCGAUGCGUGACGCCUUCGAGGUCAACAACGCUCUGCAACGUAAGGAAGAGGACAGAAGACGCACCCCAACUCCCUCGAACCUGGGACAACUCCAAGAAGACGAGGAAAUGUCGCUGGAGCAGGACAUGUUUCAGUUGCGUUUGAACUCCUCCACUAUCAUCAAACGGAGAAAGAACAAAGACGAGGUCACUGUUCCAGCUACGCUAGCUGAGUGA